CGGGCAGAGCGGGCGCCAACCGCCCGGGGCGCGGCGGGAGGCGGCGCGGGGUGGCUGGUGGAGGUUCCCGGGGCUGCGGGUCAUGAUCGACUCUGUGAAGCUCCGGCGCGACUGCGCGUCCGACUUCUUCUCGCACUAUGAGUACCUGUGCGCGCUGCAGGACUCGGCGCCGCUGCCCGCCGUGCGCGCCUGCCUGCGGGAUGGUGUGCUGGACUUCAAUGCCGACCGGCUGCGCGCGGUGGACUGGGCACCGCUGCUCAACUCGCUCAGGGUGAACCGUGACCUGCCGCUGGUGGCCAUCAAGAGCUCCUUCCAGCCGUGGCUCGGGGAGUCAGUUCUACGGUCCGGAGGUGCUGAUGCACACAGAGUUUGUAGAAAUCGAGUUCCUUCAAUAAGAUCCAAAGACAUAAGCUUCCAGUUAUGUAAGGCUCUUAAAGGCUGCUUAAGUGUAUCAGGCGUGCUCAGAAAUCUGGAGCUAAAUGGGCUGAUUCUGAGAGAGAGAGAUUUGACUAGUCUAACAAAGGGAUUGAGUAAAUCAGCCUCUUUGGUGCACCUGUCUCUUGCAAACUGUCCAGUUGGAGAUGGAGGUUUAGAAAUUAUUUGUCAAGGUAUAAAGAACUCUGUCACUCUCAAGACCGUCAACUUCACAGGAUGCAAUCUGACGUGGCAAGGAGCCAGUCAUAUGGCCAAGAUCUUAAAGUAUCAAGCCAUGAGAAGACAUGAAGAGACCUGGGCUGAGAGCCUUCGCUACCGGAGGCCGGAUCUUGACUGCAUGGCUGGCGUAAGGCGCAUCACACUGAACUGCAACACACUCAUUGGUGACCAGGGUGCCAGUGCUUUUGCGGACUCUCUCAGUGAAGAUUUGUGGCUUCGGGCACUUGACCUGCAGCAGUGCGGCCUCACCAGUGAAGGGGCGAAGGCUUUACUGGAGGCCUUGGAAACCAACAGAACCCUGGUCGUUCUGGAUAUAAGGAAAAACCCACUUAUUGAUCAUUCUAUGAUGAAAGCAGUUAUCAAAAAGGUUCUCCAGAACGGAAGAAGUGCAACUUCAGAGUACCAGUGGGUAACGUCCCCGUCACUGAAGGAACUGCCCAAAACCGCUAAGCAGAAAAAGAAAACCAUCAUCCUAGGAAGCAGUCGAAAAGGAAAAGCUACUAUUCGAGUUGGUUUAGCUACAAAGAAACCCGUGAGUAAUGGGAGGAAACAUGGGCUCAGUAAAGACUCCUAUGCUCCCGACCCUCUGCCUCCAGGCGCGUCUGGUUUCUUGCCCUGGCGCACGGCAGAACGUGCAAGAAGAAACAGGAGUUUUCCAUUAAUCAAAACUCAUGAUCUGUCUAAUCACCUGCAGCAAUCAGAUUUCCCUGUGACUGUGACAGUAGAAAGUCCUUCAUCCUCCGAAACUGACGAGUCUGAGGAUUCUUCAGAAAGUGUCCAUGAAGUGCCUCAGAAAACCAGCAUAAGACAAGAAACAUUACAGGAGAAGCUGGAGGAGUGCCUAAAGCAGCUAAAGGAGGAGAGAGUGACCCGCCUCAAAGCUGAGAAGCGCAUCAGUGAGCUGGAACAUGAAAAUGCCCAGCUAAGAAAUAUAAAUUUCUCCCUGUCUGAAGCCCUUCAAGCACAGUCAUUGACGAGCAUGAUCCUGGACGAUGAAGGAGUCUUGGGCAGCAUCGAGAAUUCUUUUCAGAAGUUCCAUGCCUUUUUGGAUCUCCUUAAAGAUGCCGGGCUCGGGCAGCUUGCCACUAUGGCUGGUAUAGAUCAGUCAGAUUUCCACCUGUUAGGUCGUCCCCAGAUGAGUUCUACAGUUAACACACCUGUGGAAGAACAGAAAGGGCUUGAAGAUGAAAAUCUGGAUCUGAAGCAGACUGCUGUAGGACAAAUGCAGGACAUCGGUUUUCAGAAGAUUACAAGUGCUAUGGUUCCUUUACCUCUCGACACCAACCAGGUUCCAGCUUCCACACAAGAGGCAGCAGGAGCUUCUCGAGACCACCUGGGGGUUGUAGCCCUGGAGCAGCAGGAGGGCUCUGCAGUGGGAUUCAUUGCUAUAACAGGCUCUCCUUCAGCAGAUGGCAUUUCAGGAGGCAGAAGUCUAGAAGAGGUGGUGUUGUCAAAGCACAGCAGGUCUUCUUCAGGCAAAGGGAGCACAGCAAGCGAGCCCUCCAGAAGGCUGUCUGCUGAGAGACACUCCAGGAAGGACCUGCAUUCCGACUCCGACUCCCCGGUGAACUCAAAAGGCAAAGGACCUGGGGAAAAGAGGUCUUUGCUUAAUGAGCCAAUUAAAAGUGAAUCUUUGAAAAAAUGUGUUUCUAUCAAGAAAGAAAAUAGAAUAGUGACUGUCUCAUCAAAGAGUGUCAAAAGUAAACCCAAUCUGCUAGAACAUUCUGAAAGUGAUACUAUUGGGUCUGAUUUUGAAUUUCAAGAGCAUGACCAUUCGUCAGCACACCUGACCUGACAUAGGUCUAACCUUUUGAAAUUAUGAUUUUUGCCUUAAAAUUUUAAUAAAUUUUCUUAUGUUUUUAUUAUAUUGAGUGGUAUAUUAAAAUACAGGGCUAGAAAUACUAUAGGGCAAGUUUUCUAUACUUCUUUUUAAACUUUGUUUUUUUCUUUUUACUCAUAAUUUAUUUGGUACAUAUUUGUGGAAAGUCUAAUUUAUAAACACUUGUGCACCCAGCAAACAAAGCUAAUCUUUUACCCUCCUGGAACUGCUGCUGUGUGGAGGAGACUAAAGAGUAAAGCAGAGGUUAGGGCCGUGCUGUGGUAUUAGGAUCUCUUGUAGACUGCCUGCCUGGUGGAAAAGGAAGCUAUGCGUUCAUUACUUAUAGAUUAUCACAGGAAAUAACCACAGGAUGUAGUCUAGUCUCCACCCUUUAACAGAAGGGAAGACAUACUGACAAGCAAAUGCCUUUACCGUAUUAUACUCUAUAGUGGUGAUGCUGAGAAUUUAGUCAUAAAGGAGGGAGGCCAUCUAAAGAGAAUAAAGGUUGUGUCUGUCAAACAAGAGUCACCUCACAUCCUCAGUAAAGUUAAACUGGUUACACUCUGGUGGCUAAGGACCUGAGGAGAAGGUGGUAGCUAAGAUGGAACAGUGUACACUGUGUACAGAACCUUGGAGAACUACAAAGUAUUAACUACUACAGCCAUACAGGCAGUGACCAGGAAGGCCACAGAGGCUCUUACAGUACGUGCUGGGGGUAGAAAACGUGAACAGGAAACCAAAAUUACAUGUGUAGAGGACCCGUUCCUCUCCUGCCCCUCACCCUGCUGGGGUUGCUUUUACUUUUCAGUUUCAUUUGCUGAAAAAAGAAAUUUUAGAUGUAAUUAUUUUUAUGAUAUGUUUUGCCUCCGUGCCUAUAUAUGCAUCCCUGAUGCCCACAGGGAUCAGAAGCCAGUGACCCUGCUGGAGCAGGGGCUGUGAAUAGCUGUGAGCCACCAUGUGUGAGCUGGAAACUGAGCCCAGGUCCUCUGCAAGAACAAGUGUCCUUAACGUCCGAGCUCCCUCUUCAGCGUCCUUCCUUGUGUUUUGGAACCAUCUCCCUGUGCCUCCCUGGCUGUCCCUGACUUCGAGACAGUUCCUCCUGCCUUUUGAACGCCAGGAAUAUGGGCAUAAGCUACCAUGCCUAGCCUUGUUUUUGUGUUUUCCAUAUUAACAGUUUUUAGUGGAGUAGUAUUAAAUGAUAAAGCAUAAUUUAAAACUUUCA